GCUACUUAAGCUAGCUAGAAAGUUAUGAAUGCAGUUAGUCUGUAUUCCAUCGCAACAGCAUAUAUUAACCCAAGAUUGAUAGCAGACUGCCUUGAAAUUGUCAUCAUUUUGAGUUUAUUGGAAAACAUAUAGGGUGUCAAACAAGGCGCCUUCUUUAUUACUUGGCAAUAAUAGAGCCACACUUGUACACGUUUCCAAUUACAAGAGGGUUACGUUAACCGCCUCUCUUCGGUCUUAAAUAUAGGUAGAUGAUGGUUCAGAGCUCAGUCCCCUGCAGAACUUUCUACAGUGGAGCGACAGAGUUGGCUUGGUACUCAGCGAUAAGGUGUGUGUGAGUAAGGAGGGAACAGUGGCAGCAUAUGGGAUGCUGGCAAAGGACAACUUAGAGGAAGGGGAGGUUAUAUUCACCAUCCCCAGAUCAGCUCUUCUCCACCAGGGAACAACCAGGGUCUCUGCCUUGCUGGAGAAAGAGAGGUCAUCUCUGGAGAGCUCGUCUGGCUGGGUUCCCCUGCUGCUGGCUCUGCUGUAUGAGUAUACAUCCUCACAGUCCCACUGGAAACCCUACCUUUCUCUGUGGACCAACUUCAAGACACUAGACCACCCCAUGUUCUGGUCUAAAGAGGAGAGAGACAGACUGUUGAGGGGAACAGGUAUUCCAGAGGCUGUGGAUACGGACUUGGCUAACAUCCAGAGGGAAUACACAGACGUGGUCCUUCCCUUCAUCACCAAGCAUCCUGACCUCUGGAGCCCAGACACACACACACUGGAGCUGUACACACAGCUGGUAGCCUUUGUCAUGGCCUACAGUUUCCAAGAGCCACAGGAAGAGGACGAGGAAGAGGAGGAGGAAGAGGGGGAGGAGAAGGCCCCCAGCCCGCCGAUGAUGGUUCCCAUGGCCGACAUGCUUAACCAUGUGUCCAAUCACAAUGCUAAUUUGGAGUUUAAACUGGACAGUUUGAAGAUGGUUUGCGUGCGCCCCAUUCACAAAGGAGAGGAGGUAUUUAACACCUACGGGCAGAUGGCCAACUGGCAGCUGCUGCAUAUGUACGGCUUCUCUGAGCCAUAUCAAAGCAACAGCAACGACACUGCUGACAUCCCCAUCAUCAAUCUCUACAAAGUCGUCACACAAGGUAUUCAGUCUGAUUUGGACCGGCAGCUGGUGGAGGAGCAGUGGGAGCUGCUGAGUCAGAUGAUGCAAGAGAAAGCAGCCUUUGUCUUCGGCAAACAGGGUUGUCUUACAGACACAGAGCUACAUACUGCGCUCAAGGUACUAUGCAUGUCGAAGGAGGAAUUCUCAGAGUUCAAAGAUAACGAAGGAUGGGAGGAAGAUGACGAGGAAGAGGAUAUUUCCCUUACUUUCUCUAACGAGGGUCUCCCUGGAUUAAAGGCUUCGUGGAAAUGGCUAAUUCAUGAAGCAGCCCGCCUGACUGUGAGGUCGUACGGAGACUGGGAGGAGAAGGUGGAGGGAGAGGGUGUGGACAGCGAGCAGGCGCUGAUAGAAGACAAGGCAGCACUUGCUGGACUGAACAGCAGGCAGCAGAAUGCACUGCAGGUACGCUGUGGACAGAAGAACAUCCUGUACAGACUGAUGGAGCUCACUCAGUCAUGAGUUCAGUUGCAGCAGUGAGCGGGACCUUGGCUGUUGGUGUAUCAAGGGGAAAACUAAAACGCUCUCAAAAUGCAGUCAAUAAAUGUUUUUCCUGGAGACAGA